AUGUACGCCGCUCAGAAUAUAACGCCAACAGUUUUGGAUGCCAUGAAUGGAAAUGUUUCCGAAUGGUAUAACGAAUGCGACAAUGCCAUUAGAAGGUCAGAAAUAGUUCCUGGAACUUACGAAUAUACAACUGCUGUUUCUUAUGGAAACGUAGGUGAGUUUGGAGAAGGUUCUUCAACAACAGUAGAUAUUGCUUGCGACAGGUUUCAUAUUAUUUCUAUUGACAACUCAUUCUUAUACGUGGAACAAGACAUUGAAAUAAAACCUUCUGCCAAGUUGUCUGACAAGAAAGGUUGCAAUGGAAUUUUCUAUGUCGGAUACCAAUAUGCUCCAGAAGUUUUCAUGGGAUAUAAGAUAUAUUCUAACUCUGACUUAGUUCAAACAGUAACAUGGGCAAACUAUGAAUGGUUCGCUUUGAGAAACUCAGUACAACCACAAGCUAGAGAACAAACAGACCAGUAUGCAACUAUUGAGAAAAUAAGAAGACUUGACCCUAACGUUCCAGGAGUUUAUGUUAACCUUUCUGGUUCAGAUGGAAAUGCAGUAACCAAAGUAAAACUGAAACUUAGAGUUCCUUUGUCAUCUUUCCUCAUCUUCAGGUUUUUAAGAUACUUGCCAAACUGGGCAGGAAAAAUUUCUAUCGAACUUACUCCAAGCAAAAAUAACUUAGUCAUUGCACCAACACAAGACCCAUUCACUAUUACAGACGUAAAGGGAACAAAUCAAACGUCAUUCGCCGAAUUUUGCAAAGACAAAGUUGACUUAGACUUUGGUUUCUCAAACCUCAACACUGAAGUAAACUAUUAUUUCAAUGCUGCUGGAACUGCUUGGGACCCAGUUAAGUUCACAUGCGAAAAAUUUGAAUGCAAGAGAAUAGAAAGCAGACUUGCAGUCUAUAUGUUGGACCCAGAUAUUUCAAAUGCUUUAGCUGCCAAAUAUAUUGCAGUUCCACUUAUGUUCCCUAUACACCAAAUAUCUGUCAAAGACUUUGCAGGUGAAGUUGGAAACCAAAGUGCUGACCCAG